UAAAGAAAAUGUCCUUGACAACAAACCUUGAAUAUUCUUUUGCUUUUCCUGAGGUCCUUCCUUCUAUGGUAUUAACAGCUACUUCAUUCACAGAUUCUGACUUCCUUCAGAGUAGAACUUCUACAGUAUCCGUGUUGUUAGAAAAACUAGACUUGACAGAGUGGGAGAUAAGGGGGCACACCCCAAUCCACGGAACAAAAAUACAAAAGCAUCCUGUUUUAUCUGACCUUGUCUCAGAGUCUGUUAGUCAACCUUGGUAUUCACGAGCCUUUCUUGCCUCAUCCAAGUACUCUCAUUUUCCUGGGUCCUCAGUCUCUGAGGAGGUGAUACAGGAUGUGGCCACACCUUCCGAGGGACUAUCUUCAAUGACAACAUUCCUCUGCAGAUGGAGUGGCUCUCACCCAGUCUACCUGGGAAGGUUUGUACAGUCACGUAACAGUCUCCUGAUACCUGCAGCCUCAGCGAGGGAGAUACUGGCAGUCUCGCAUUUUCCCCUUGAGUUCAGCCAGUUGCCCCUGUCAAGCUGGCUGAGGCAGAAGCAUCUUCGUGAGCAUGGUCAUGUGUCUGAGACUCCUGAAGUUUCUCAGUGGAUUCAUUCAUUCCCCACUCCUACAGAGACAGUUUCACCUCUUGGCAUGAGCGUAAAUACCAAAUUUGCAUGGGAUAGUACAUUUGACUCAACUCUUUUGCUGUGGGAAACUGCUCAUUUCUCCAGCAACCAAUCAGAGGAAGACUCAUCAUCUGAUGUGAUUUUGAAAACUCAAUCUUAUUCUAAGGAGACCUCAUCAUUUACUCAUUUACCUGAUUUAUUGGAUUCAUCCCUUUCUGAGCUGCCCAAAUUUGCAAAUGCAUUUGAGUUACCUGAAAGCAUGGGCUCAAAGACUAUAAUGCAUUUUCUUAGUGACUGGUAUUCAGGCAUAGAACAUUUAGCUUUUAGCAAAUUCUCAAGAACUAGCCAAACUUCACCAGGCAACACAAUGUUUAACCUGGAUCCUACUGGAAUGGUGGUAAGUCACCCACAUACCACCCAAAACUUAUUGACAAGAUAUGGGACUAUUUCUGACAUUAACAACAUGCAAGAAUUUCCAGAGACAUCAUUUAGACAAGGUACAACCAGUUUGUCUCUCACUAAAUAUGAACUGCUUCACGCAACAAAGAUUCUGAAGACAUGUGCUCUCCAUCCUGAAUCUCAGAAACCCGAGGACAUGUCACCCCCAGGUCAACCCAACACAUCUCCAACAGUUGUUAAUCCAAUUCAACUGAUAACAGCAACUGUCGGGCACAGACUCCAUUUCCCAAUCCAUCCUGACACAUUUUAUGAUCAGGAAGAUGGCAGCUCAACUCAUUUGACACUUGCAAUAAAAUCAGUAGAUGAAUAUCCUUCAGGCUCAGAAAGCUGGCUGCAAUUUAAUUUGACUCAUCAAAUACUAUAUGGUUAUCCCCUAGAACUGGAUUUUCAGUAUUCCCCUCAGGAAUUUAUUCUUCGUGCCACAGAUUCUGGGGGCCUGGCUGCUCAGAUGCUUUUCACCAUUGAACUGAAGCUGCCCAGAAGUACACCCUGCCACACUUACACUCUGCGCACUAAAAACAGUUUCUACUCAUUUAUCAAGAAGAGAGAGAGGAUUAGUUUGUUUUUUGCUAAACUCACUGACUAUCUAAACUCCAGUAGCCCUGAACAAAUUGUAUUAACCACCCUGAGACCAGGGUCUACUAUUAUAUCCUGGUAUAACAGAACCUUAUGUGAAGUCAACGGCAGUUCUCUGAAAAGGUGUCCUAACAGAAAAAUUCAGGAAGUGAUGUUUAAACUAAGAAGGCCUGAUGGGAAUGUCCAUCCAGAUUUUGCAUAUGCUAUGUCACUGGAAUACAAAAUUGGCACAAUUGAGAACAUCACAUAUGGUGGAAUCUGCCUUAUUCUGGAGCCAGAUAAUGGGUCGUUAAUUGAAAACAGCAUUCUUGCCUCAUCUAACAUAGAAAAUACCCACUGGAUUAGAAAUCUUAUUUUGGCUUUGUUGGUAAGUAUGUGUAUACUGAUUGUGGCAAUAGCGGCAAGUGUAGCUUACCAUUUCUAUAGGAACUAUAAGACUUUUCUUAUUCCUCAGUCCCUGGUGUUUCAAGGGAGAACCUUAAUAAGUAAUUCAGACCAAGAAAUGUAUGUGCUAAGGCCGAGAAAGCCCCCUAUCCUGGAGUGUGAAGUUCCACCCUCAGCUGGAUUAUGGAGAGGGACACCGUUGUCUUCUCAACAUCAACCUUACAGAGAAAACGUGACCUCUGCCACAGACACAAGAGUAGUCAAUCUUCCAGCCUUCAAAACGUCAACUCCCAUUCCAUGAUGAAAUGGAUCUCACUAGCCAGAGGAGAAGUGAGUAAUACUAUCAGAAAUCCAAAUGUAUCAACAACUGUAUGAGAAACAGGGAUAACUGAUCUAGAAAGCAGGUAAAAUAAACAAUUGCUGAGUCAAAUUGUAAAACGAUAAGCAAUAAAUAAUUCAUCCUCCAUGUUAACUGUAUUAACAUACUACCAAUUAAUUCUAAUCACUUAUUUCUCCUUAGAAGCCUGAUGGUCAAUUAUAAAUUUAUGUCACCCAGACCACCGCUACCAUAAACAAAUCAUGUAAUGAAUCAUCCAUUAUGGAAAGAAAUUGCAUCACUGGCAACAGCAUAUCCAAAUGUAAAAAAUACUGUAAACUGCCAGUCCAAGAUACUCAUCACAACCUUCAGUAUGAAGGCAUAAAUAAUAUAACGAUAAAUAAUAAAUUCUGCAAUAGGUUAAGGUUUGACUGUGUAUAGGAAAGAAUGAUUAAAUGUUUACCUCUC